UGGAGGCCGGGGCAGCCCCGGCACCGGCGCCUGCCCGGGGUCCCUGCGGCGGGCCGGGCCGGCAGCGCGGCGGGGCGAUGCGCGGGGCGAGGGACCGGCUUUAGGGACAGGGACAGCUCCCCCGAGCGCCGCCAUGAGCGGCCCCAACAGCCCGAGCUCCCCAGCGCCCGGGGAGAGCCCGUCCCUCGGGCUGGACCUGCUGCGCUGCCCCUGCUGCCGCCGGCUGCUCUGGGAGCCGGUCACCGCGUCCUGCGGUCACUCCUUCUGCAAGCCGUGCCUCGGCGGGGCCGGGCCGGCCCGCUGCCCGCUGUGCCGGGAGCGGCUGGAGCUGCUGGGCGUCGCGGCGGCUCGGUGCAGCGUGGUGCUGUGCGGGAUCCUGGAGCGAUGCGUGCCGCCCGAGCUGCGGCUGGCCGCGCUGGCCGAGCGCGCCCGGGAGCGCCUGGCCCGCGGGGACGCGCGGGACGCGCUGCGGAUGGCGCAGAGAGGGGUCGAGCUGGCCCUGGACUGCAGCUCCCUGCGGCUGUGCCGGGCAGAGGCGCUGCUGGCGCUGGGGCAGCACCCACAGGCACUGGAGGAGCUGGAUGCUGUGUGCAGGGCUGAGCCUGGAGAGCACGAGGCCUUCUUCAGGAAAGGGAAGGUGCUCCUGGAGAUGGGGCAGAGAGCUGAAGCCCUGCUGGCCUGGGAGCACUGCCUGACACUCAGUCCCCAUUUCCAGCCAGCUCGGAGAGAGAUGGAGAAGAUCAUCAUGGAAGCUGAUGCUCCUCAGCCAAGCACAGCUGCACACCUGGGGGAUGCUCACCUGAGCUCAGCUGGUUCCCAGGCUGAUGGAGGGAGCCCAGCACUCCCAUCUUCCCCACAAGCUCAGGAUCAGGAGGGAGAGCUGGCAGAUGGCCGAGGGGAUGCUGGGUGUGAGCACAGCCAGGACACAGCCACCCUUCCCCAGCCAGGACAACGGCAGGAGCUGGAGACUUGGGCAGAGAGCCAGGGCCAGUGGUUGGGUGACAAGGAGGAAACAGCAGCAGCAAAGUGUACCCAGCCAUGCCUUGAGGAGUCACUGAGCAUAUCUGACUUGGAGUGCUCCCUCUGCAUACGGAUGUUCUUUGAGCCGGUGACGACGCCCUGUGGUCACACCUUCUGCAAGGAGUGCCUGGAACGCUGCCUGGACCACCGGCCCAACUGCCCCCUGUGCAAGCAGAGCCUGAGAGAGUACCUGAAGGCUGGGAGGUACAGCCCCACAGUGCUGCUGCAGGACAUCAUGCUGGCCACCUUCCCCACACAGCUGGCUGAGCGCCGGGAGCUGCACCAGGCAGAGAUGGCAGAGCUCUCCAACCUGACCAAGAACAUCCCCAUCUUCGUGUGCACGAUGUCCUUCCCUGGCAUCCCCUGCCCUCUGCACGUCUUCGAGCCUCGGUACCGCCUGAUGAUCCGGCGGUGCCAGGAGAGCGGCACCAGGAGGUUUGGCAUGUGCAUAUAUGAGAAUGGGAAAAGCUUUGCUGACUACGGCUGCAUGCUGGAGAUCCGUCAGGUGGAGCUGCUGGCGGACGGCAGGUCCUUGGUGGACACCGUCGGCCGGCAGCGGUUCCGGGUGCUGAGCCGCGGCCACAGGGACGGCUACCACACUGCUGACAUCGAGUACCUGGAGGACAAGAAGGUGUCCGGGGAGGAGCUGCAGGAGCUGCAGAGCCUGCACGAGAGCACCUACCGCCUGGCCCAGCGGUUCUGUGAGCACGGAGACCUCACCUCCAGACACAUCCUGAUGCAGCAUGGACCACUGCCUGAGAAGGAGGAGGACAUCCAGGCUUCAGCAGACGGCCCGACGUGGUGCUGGUGGCUCAUCUCCAUGCUGCCCCUGGAGCCCUCCUACCAGCUGGGCCUGCUGUCCUGCACGUCGCUGCGCGCCCGCCUGUGCCAGCUGCAGCACGUGCUGGCGGCGCUGCUGCGGCCCGAGCGCGGCCCCCGCGGCCGCGUCUGACCCUGUGCUCCCCCCUCAGCUCUCUGUGUGUGUGUGUGCUGCUGCUCCACGGGUUGUGUGCGCUUUGAGCCCCCCCAAAAAGUGCUGGCAGCGACACUGUGCCGUCCGUGCCGCUCUGGGAGAGUUGGUGCCACCAAAGGCUGCAGAGCUGGCUUGUGUCUGCACAGCCAAAAUCACCUGCUGAGUGCCUCCUGCACUGAGGAGGAUCCUCCUUAGGGCAGAGGACUGGGUGCAGGGAUUGCCUCGGUUUUGGUCCUUCUACUUUGAAAGACAGCUUAGGGGUUUUGGUAGGUGAUGCUGAUUCACACAGGAGAUUCAGAGGUUGGGG